AUGGAUCUUGAUAUGAUUUCAGCUAAUCUUAACACCAUUGAAAAUAAACUUCUUUUUCUGGAGGAAGAAAAGCUCGCUGCGCUCGACCGACUUGUGGCGCACCGUUCAGCUUUGAACCCGGACCAAAUGCAAGAGUUACAGUUAACUAAUCGCAUUCGACGUAUUCAACGGAGGAUUGCUGUCCUCCUAAGAACAAAGGAAGCCCUAAUUGAGAGCGGUGCGGCUCGAGUAGCGCAAGCUUUCAACCGCGACCCCCCAGGCCCGCCGGGAAACUAA